AUGGUGGGCUGCUACUACCUCAGCGCAUUACUUGUGUCGACUCUCGCCCUGUCAACCCGAAUUCGAGCUGCUCCUUCCACUAGCGACCCUUGCACCAAGGUUGCGGGCCUUACAUUCGUGCCUCCGAAUGAUGCGCUCGCAUGCUUGAAGGCCUUCCCGUUCAACGAGACGCUGAAGGACAACGUGCUCGGUGCCGUGGCGCGAGUGUUCGACUUCUACACUUUCGAGGAUUGGUACCUGAACUCCCCGGCGCCUUUCCAAGACUCCACCGCCAACAUUCGCGCGGAGAUUGCGAAGAUCAACGCGACAAAAUACGAGACAGAUUAUGACUUCAACAGGGCCAUUUGGAACUUUACGACCCGUUUGAACGAUGGUCACACUCGUUGGUUCCCAUCAUGCUAUGACACAUAUCAGAACCUGCUCCCUGCUCCUGUCGUCAUCUUGGAAGAGAACGGGGCCCAGAACGUUUUCGUUAUUCCGGACUCCGUAGACCUGGUGCCGCUCGUUGGCGCAAACUACACAGCAUUCUUCGACUCAAUUGGCUUCAACUGGCAACGUCUUGCUGGCGCAAAAGUAUUGGAAAUCGAGGGACUAGCGGCCCUGGAUUAUAUUGACCUUAUCGCAGAUACGAUCAGCGGGAACUACCUUGAUCAUGGUGUUCGGGUUAACUCAGUGUUGAGUUCCUACCGCAUCGUGGACACCGACUUCAGCCAGCGUUUCGGAGACCUGGGUGGCCCUCCCUUCCCUGACCAGGAAUCGCUCACCUUCAAGCUCAUCCCGGCCAACUCUACUAAGGAGGAGACCGUGACUGUCCCUUACCUGGCGUCCUUCGGCGGUGUCCCAUUCACCGAUUCCGCCUCCUACUGGGCCAAUAACUGCGCUGCAACCGACGCAACGAACGGCGAGGACUUCCGGACCACCGGUGUUGCACCUCAAGUGCAGUCGACUGAGGAUGGAGUCAAGAAACGGCUUGCGCGAGGCGUGAUCGUCGACAAGAAAGGUCCGGCGAAUGGUGUUGGCCUGCCAAAUCAGUUCGUUCCCGGUCUUCCGGCUGUGAACGGCAGCGAGGGCGUUAUCAAGUCAUAUAUCCUUCCUGGUAACAAGACAGGCGUUAUGUUUGUUGGGUCAUUCGAGCCUGAUGAUUUCGUCGGAUUCCAGACCGACGUACAGGCAGCCACCGCGGCAUUCAAGAAAGCGGGCGUGAGUCAGCUCAUUAUCGACCUCAGCAACAACGGAGGGGGUUUCGUUUGCCUCGGUCAAUUCUUGCAUCAGUUCUUGGCAGGUUCAAGGAUCGGCUAUCCUGGUUUCCAAACCACAAACCGUGCCAACACACUCGCGAAGAAGGUCGUCCGAGCGAAUAUCGCGUUGAACUUGUCUGAGAUCGGCACCUUUUACAACCCCGUCAAUUGGGCAUUCCUGAACGACACCGAGUUUCCGCCUACGCACAACUACAUCGACCCACCGAACGAGACAGAGGAGCCGGUGAACGGGCAGAUCGAAAAGGAUGCUCAGAGGUUCCACGACAUAUGUACUCCAUUCAAUAUCGACAUGCCAAGGAACCCGCCUUUCGACCUGAACAAAGUCGCCAUCGUCGGCAAUGGCAAUUGUGCAUCGACUUGCUCAAUGUUCAGCACGCUCAUGUUCGAGCACUACCACGUCAAGAUUGCGACAUUUGGGGGCAAGCCGGGCGAGACCUUGGAGUACAAGGGCAUGGCUGGAAACCAGGUCCUGGAGUUUUCUGAUCUGAAGUCGGAGAUCAAGACUGCAGGUUUGAACGGUGAUCCGUUGGCGCCCCCCGACUUGUUGAUCGAUGGAGACAUGCGGUGGGAUGUCUCAAUACUGGCCGUCUGCGAAAUCUCUGACGAAGACUAUUUAUACAGGGUGAACUGGCGCACUGCAUGGAGCUUCCUCGACGAGUUGAGACCUAUCGCCUAUGUUUCCGAGCCGUCGCAGUUCCGAUUUCCGUACACGAAGGAUACUUACAACAAUCCUCUGAAGCUCUGGACAUUUGCGGAGAGCCAGCUGUUCAAGUGA